AGGUGUGGUUCUGAUGGAGAUCUCAGAGGUGCACAGGAAGGUUCACCUGGAGCUGGAGGAGAACGUAAGUUAGCCUGCUGACCUACUGUCACUUCUUCUCUUGGUCGUUUUUUUGUUAUGUAAUGACCAUUUUACCAUCUAAUUGCUAAUUAAGUGGCAGACUGAAGUCAAGAGUUACCAUUCUCUUUGACCUGCGUUGGAUGUUCAUGUCCACACACAUCCAUAGUCCGCUACGCCAACUCUCUCUUUCUCACAGUGACUUAGUCAUUAACAGGCCUCCUUUAUCCUCUAAACAUGUCCAGAACACAACAAAGCCUAGAGAGAAAUCCCACCCGGACACAAGACAACUGUUCGUUUUCUUGUCAUUGAGACCAUUCCUUUCAUCUUGUGCUCUCUGUUCUGUCUGUUGGGUCUCUUGUUGAGGCCUGGGGGUGAGAGGCUUGGCAUACCUGUAAGAAGUCAAGUGACUCUGGUUGGUGUCACUGGUGUUGUAACUGUGACAAGAGCAAGACACAACUAGCUCUUAGACAGUAUCAUCUCCAAUCACUCACUACGUCUAAGUUACAAUACUAUACAAUACAGAUAUUCUAGACUGAAGCAGGUUCAUUCUCGUGUUUCUUUAACUUUUAUCGUACUUCUUGUGUUUUCUACUAUAUUUUCAUUGUUAUAUAUAGUAUUAUUAUUAUCACUGCAUUGUUGGGAAAGAGCUCUCAAGUAAGAAUUAAACUGUACUCUUUUAUAGCUGUUGUAUCCUAUGAACGUGGUGAAUAAAGUUUGAAACUUAGAUUAUUGUUGAAUUUAAGAUGAUUUGAAUGAUGAAUAUUUCUAGUAUUGGUCAGUAAUAAAAAGAGAUAUGAUCAAAUAAAAUGUGUUCUCACUACAGUAUACAUGUAUUACAUAUUUUAUUGAAAUUCAGCACUGUAGUAAAGCUUUUGUACUAGCCUUACAAGGCUUCUACUUGUCUUUCACUGGGCUCCAAGUAAAGCAAGAUGCCAACGAAGCAUGGUUAGUUAUUUCUGAGAUAUCUGCGAGUGGGAUGGAAGGAGAAAGUAGUCAAUGUUGAACUAUUUGGAGAGGUAGAUAAAACAUACCUGUUGUUGGAAUUCCCCUCAGUUAGAAAGCAAUUAUCACAGCUACAUUCCUCUGGCUCAGCCACACAACUCUUAUUCUGAUGUCACCAUCUUGCCAUGGUUAUGGUAUUGUUAAACAUUUAUAUAUCGACUUGAACUGGAUUCUUUCUGUUCAGUUCAAGCGGUUCCACAAAGAAAUCAUUGCUGAGCUGGAGAGGAAAACAGAGAUGGACGUCAAAUAUAUGACUGUAAGUACAUUGACCACUAUAGGACUUUGGCAAGGGACAAUCUAAUCGCAAGGAGUAUGUGUGUGAGCAUGCAUGUGUGUGUACGUGUCUGCAUGUCUACGUAUGCAGGUAUGUGAGUGCACACUUAAUUAUGGUGUCCUCUCUCCUCCUCAAUAUCCCCUAUCCUUGCAUUCAGUAAAAGUCCUCUCCACCUCUACAUCAAACUUAUCUUAACCUGUGUAUCUCUCAUCCAGGCCACAUUCAAGCGGUACCAGACGGAGCACAAGCUGAAGCAGGACUCUCUGGAGCGCUCUCAGAUGGACCUGAAGAAGCUGCAGAAGAAGAGCCAGGGGAAACAUGUCACCAAGUACGAGAUCAAGGAGAAUGAGGUGAGACUAGAACCAGAUCUUAAUUAAUGGAGAACGAGGUGAGACAAGAACCAGAUCUUAAUUAAUCAAAGAGAACGAGGUGAGACUAGAACCAGAUCAUAAUUAAUCAAGGAGAACGAGGUGAGACUAGUACCAGAUCUUAAUUAAUCAAGGAGAACGAGGUGAGACUAGAACCAGAUCUUAAUUAAACAAGAGGAACGAGUUGAGACUAAAAACAUCUUAUCUCACUGGGGUCGCAGUGAUCAGACUCAGCUGUUCACUCAAUGCACCAUGGGUAUGCUGGUCAGAAAAGUCCCUUAAUGAAUGUUCUCCAUUUUCAAGCGAGAAGUGGAUCGGUGUCCAGUUAGUUUUUUCUGUUGAUGUGAGCAUGUGCUUGAGUUCCUUUGAGGUCCUGUGAGUUUCUCAGAUGGCUAGAAAGGGCACUUUAACAGACAGUCACCUGACUUUACCCUCAUCCAGAACCACUUGUUGGUUUAUGUGUCCAGUAUCAAUAUAAAAACCAGACAGAACAUUAUUGCUCUUGGUUGCCAUGGUUGUCUUGUUUUGUUUACAUAAACAAAGCUGAACGCUUCUAUGGACUUCCUUAUACAACGGGUGGGUCUAAUCCUGAAUGGUGAUUGGUUAAAACCGCAUUCCAGCCGGUGUCUGUUCCACAAGUUACCACCGGCUAAAUCUAUGACGUUAAAAUGCCUAUUUACUAUGUUCCAUCUGACUGCGUAAUCCACAUCAGCCCAACCAGGCAAUUUAUACUUGAUCUCCACUAUAAAAAGCAUCUAGACAUUAUCUCACAUUUCCUUUAGACUAACAUUUAGUUUUCAACAGCAGAGAUUUGUAUAAACCUUGCUGUCUGUCUCUUCGACAUUUGCAACAUUGUUUCAAUAUUAAAAUUUGAUCUCCAGCUUUACGUGUCGGGAGUUGGGAUGAGACAGACAGGCAGGCAGCGUUUCUCAGCCAUUCGAAAUCAUGAAUCAGCUGGUAUCAUUUUUAUGGAUAUAUUCAAAGAACUAUCAAUAGAAACAGGUAAAACGAAACGAAGUGCAGCUAGUUUGCUGUCUUUCCAGCUUCAGUUUGAAGUGAUUGUGUUAGCUGUGUUGUUGGCUAGCUCCUCUGAACAAGUGUCCUGACCCUGACCUGUUCACCGGACGUGCUACCUUGUCCCAGACCUGCUGUUUUCAACUCUCUCUCUCUACCACAUCUGCUAUUUCAACCUCUAAAUGCCCGGCUAUGAAAAGCCAAGUGAUAUUUACUCCUGAUGUACUGACCUGUUGCAGCCUCUACAACCACUGUGAUUAUUAUUUGACCCUGCUGGUCAUCUUUGAACGUUUGAAGAUCUUGGAGAAAAAUCUGGCCUUAAUGGCCAUGUACUGUUAUAAUCUACACCCGGCACAGCCAGAAGGGGACUGGCCACCCAUCCUCUCUAGGUUUCUGCCUAGGUUUCUGCCUUUCUAGGGAGUUUUUCCUAGCCACCGUGCUUCUACAUCUGCAUUGCUUGCUGUUUGGGGUUUUAGGCUGGGUUUCUGUAUAGCACUUGGUGACAUGUGCUGAUGUAAAAAGGGCUUUAUAAAUACAUUUGAUUGAUUGAUUCCUGACGAGAGAGCACAUUUUCUACGCCAGGUGAAAUCGUGCAUCAUUAGCUCAUUGUUAUGGAUGCUUAAACAAACGCAAAUGCAGCUACAGUACUUUGCUGUUCUGUUCAUCGUAACUGUAAGUUAGCCGUAGUUGGCUAGCUAGCAAGCAAGGGAUAAGAACGUUGCCAGACAGUAUGGUAAUGGAACAUUUAGAAGAAACAACUGGGUCGCCUCCAUAGAUACAGAACAAAAAGACUGAACGACUGGGCAACCUCUUGGCAACCAAACCAAUAGAACGAACAACCAGCCGGCUUGAGUAGCAACCCUAGAUUUGUGUCCGGACUAUAUAUUGUGGAAGGAUGAUAUAGUAUGAAUAAAUUCAUCAAAAUAAAGUUUUUUAUGAAAAUAUGUAAAUAAGUAUUUGAAUAUGUUGGUUACCCGUUUUAUAAAAGUGAUGCCCUCGAAGCCGGUGUUUGGUGGAUAUAUUGGCACGGUUUGCCGGCCCUCGACUUCUGUUCGGACCUAACAAGACCUAUGCCAAUAUAUCCUCCAAACACUGGCUUCGAGGGCAUUAUCGCUUAAAUGAUUUGCACGCAUGGAGCAAUAAUCCAUAGAGAAUAUCAAAGAAAAACAUUUAUGAAAUAUGUCUUGAGAAUAGGAAAUAUCAUUGGCCCAGCUGGCUCCUUGAUCUUGCCACACACCUCAAGGAGGAAAAAAUUUACAUAAAAGUGAGCGGGUGGAAAGGAAAUGAACACUAAAUAUACACAAUACCACCACACCUAUAGCUGCGGGCAGAUUCUUUGUGUUAAUGUAAAGUGGAGUGCUGUCACUGCCGUGCCCCUUCACCAGUGGUGCAAGGUACUUAAGUAAAAAUGCUUUACAGUACUACUUAAGUUGUUUUUUUGGGUAUCUGUACUUUACAAUUUAUAUUUUUGACAACUUUUACUUUCACUCCACUACAUUCCUAAAGAAAAUAAUUUACUUUAAACACCAUGCAUUUUCCCUGACACCCAAAAGUACUCAUUACAUUUUGAAUACUUAGCAGGACAGGAAAAUAGUCCAAUUCACACACUUAUCAAGAGAACAUCCCUGGUCAUCCCUACUGCCUCUGAUCUUGUGGACUCACUAAACACAAAUGCUUCAUUUUUAAAUGAUUGCCUAAGUGUUGUAGUGUGCUCCUGGCUAUCCGUACAUUUUAAAAACAAGAAAAUUGUGCCGUCUAGUUUGCUUAAUAUAAGGAAUGUGAAAUUAUUUAUACUUUUACUUUUACUUUGAUACUUAAGUAUAUUUUAGCAAUUAAGUCAUUUACUAUUAAGGUAUCUUCACUUUUACUCAAGUAUGACAAUUGGGUACUUUUUUCACCACUGCCCUUCACCUAUAAAGCAACACUGAAGGCUCAUCGAAAGGGACCAAAUGCCUGUCAUCACAUUAGAAUGGAGAGUGUGUUGUAGUGAAUGUGAGGAGUGGUUAGCACUGUACACUCUUGCGUGAGGAUUUUACUCUGUACCCUUGACUGGCCAAGGGUACAGCCCCCUCUGGAGUAUGAAGUGUGCACUUAGGAGUUUGUGGUCUGGAGUUGGUUGGUAGUAUACACUCACUGAAAGGCUUUGUAGGGUGUAGUGGGACUUGGAAUGGGUGAAGCAUUUAUAGUCAAUAAUGUCCACUCAAAUAGAGUAGACUUGAAGGGGUGCCUGGUAGCAUAUUUAGCCACUUACAGGAAUCAGAGGAUAUACAGUAAUAGUUUUCCUAACACAGUAUACAUUAAACAUAGACUUAUUUAGUAAAUCAAUAGGACAAGGUGAUAGAUGGGGCCAAGGAGAUGCUGUCUGUUGAUGAAACCCACUCUGGCUCUGCUUUAUACAAGGCUGCCUGUGCAAUAACUCCUCUUCCACUCCUAUUUUAUUGACUGGUUUCACCGGCCCGACUUUGAUGAGUGUCAGUUUAUGAGGUGGGUUUAUUUUUAGGAAGGGGCCCAAUAUAUUGAGCUGCAACACAUUAUUUAUUAUUGUUCUGACUGAAAUCCGAGAAGCGCUAGCUAACUGAAGGUUUUGAAGAGUAGAAUCUUGUCUCGCUCUCUAUUCAGCGAUCAUGAUCUCUUUAAUGGCUUCUGGGUGGUUAUCUUGUUAUUAACCAUCUUUGUUUCAGUAUGUAGAUUCACUUUGCCUAUGAAUGGCACUCUCUGAAAAGAGGGCUGUAAUCUAGUUUUAUCUCAGAGAAACUAAUAGACAGUAUUGUAUUGUGUCUUACUAUGUGGAGAGAAACUCCAGCCCCUCCUCUUAUGAAGUGUGAAUGGUUUGUAAUUAUCCUAUGAAUAUGACACCUGUUGAUGAGACUAGUUAAGGGCCAACCCAUGCACACUUCCUAGUGUCAUGUAUCACACUGUAGAGUAUAUUUAGUUUUGCCUCUACUGUGAUCUUCUGUGGUUCAGUUGUCAGAAUAUAGAAAUGGAUGGAAAAGGUAACAUCCUGCUCUCUCCAAGUCAUGCAUGAAUGUCUUUAAUGAAAUUUGCCCACAAAUCCAUCGUUUUCAAACCCGUACAGGUUUGCUGCAACACUUGAGCUCAAUUCAAGUUUCAAGUUUCAAGUCGUUUUUGUUACAUGCACAAGUACAGUGAAAUGGUUCUCUCUCCGUAUGUCUGUCUCUCUCUCGUUCUAUCCUCUAUCUCUCUCUUCCUCUCUUCCUCCCCUCUGUCUUUCUCAGUCUUCCAGCGAUUGUUUGCAGUAGAAAUGAAGCUCUAUAGUUUAGGCGGUGUGGCCCUAUCGUAGGUAGAAGAGGGAGGGGGGAGAGAGAGAGACAGGGGAGGGGGGGAGAGAGCAAAAGAGAGAGACUGGGCUAAACAUUAAAGGAGGGUCUGUGACACCACCACCACAACCCUAGAGACUAACCGGCUUUCACUGUCGUCAUGACAACCAGAAAAAGGGAGUGGAGAGAUAGGGGAGGAAACAGGGGGAGAGAGUUGUUUCAAAGAAGAGCUGAGCUUUGUCUGUGUGUGUUGUCAGGUUCCGUGGUCUGCUUUAUGAAGGUGUUUCAUUUCUCAGUCACUCCCUGGGAAGGAGUGUGUCCUGCUUCCCACAUGCACUCCUUCCCACAUGGCACCCUAUUCCCUAUAAAGUGUACUACUUUUGACCAUACACUACAUUGGGAAUAGGGUGCCAUUUGGGACGCAGCCACAGGUUCUUUCAACGGGGUGAUUUAUUUUCUACAGGAUAGGGAUGAUGGAGUAACAGGGGGUGAGAUGAAGCCAGACAGAGCAGGGACUUUGAUUAGAAGGCUCAUUAGUUAUUCCUGAACAGUUAAGCAAGACGCUUUUUUCUGAGCAUGCAAUUACAACCUUACUGAACAGUCUCCAUCUGUGUCCUCUCGUCAGUAUCUGGAGACAAUCUCAUACAUAUACUGUACACGCAGAGUUAACAGUACACCUGUCAGUAACCCAGUACUGACCUGUCCCCUUUAGAUACUUAAUGACCCCCAUCAGUUCAACCAACCCUUACUGACCUGUGUCCCCUCCUCUUCCCCUCCUCUUCUCCUCAGUAUAUGAAGACCAUCUCGUCGCGGCAGAGUGACAUGCAGAAGUUUAUCGCUGACGGCUGCAGAGAGGCCCUCUUGGAGGAGAAGAGACGAUUCUGCUUUUUGGUCGACAAACACUGCAUGUUCUCCUACCAUGUCACCGCCUUCCACGAGAAGGUACUGCACAUAAGGGAUUUAGUCCUUUAGUUAACCUUUAGUCCUUUAGUCCAUAAAAAAGUAGAUUUACUGUUUAACGGAUUUCAUUUUUUGAAAAAUAAGGCAAGGGAUUAAAGUUUUUAUAUGAAAAAAUGUAAUAAGCGCUCCAGAGCGCUCAGGACCUCAGACUGGGGCGAAGGUUCACCUUCCAACAGGACCUCAGACUGGUGCGAAGGUUCACCUUCCAACAGGACCUCAGACUGGUGCGAAGGUUCACCUUCCAACAGGACCUCAGACAGGGACAAAGGUUCACCUUCCAACAGGACCUCAGACAGGGACGAAGGUUCACCUUCCAACAGGACCUCAGACUGGGGCGAAGGUUCACCUUCCAACAGGACCUCAGACUGGGGCGAAGGUUCACCUUCCAACAGGACCUCAGACUGGGGCGAAGGUUCACCUUCCAACAGGACCUCAGACUGGGGCGAAGGUUCACCUUCCAACAGGACCUCAGACUGGGGCGAAGGUUCACCUUCCAACAGGACCUCAGACUGGGGCGAAGGUUCACCUUCCAACAGGACCUCAGACUGGGGUGAAGGUUCACCUUCCAACAGGACCUCAGACUGGGGCGAAGGUUCACCUUCCAACAGGACCUCAGACAGGGGCGAAGGUUCACCUUCCAACAGGACAAUGACCCUAAGCACACAGCCAAGACAACGCAGGAGUGACUUCGGGACAAGUCUCUGAAUGUCCUUGAGUGGCCUAGCUAGAGCCCAGACUUGAACCCGAUCGAACAUCUCUGGAGAGACCUGAAAAUAGCUGUGCAGCGACGCUCCCCAUCCAACCUGACAGAGCUUGAGAGGAUCUGCAGAGAAGAAUGGGAGAAACUCCCCUAAUACAGGCGUGCCAAGCUUGUAGCGUCAUACCCAAGAAGACUCGAGGCUGUAAUCGCAGCCAAAGGUUCUUCAACAAAGUACUGAGUAAAGGGUCUGAAUACUUACGUAAUGUGAUAUAUAUAUAUAUUUUGUAUAUAUAUUUGUUGCAAAAAAUUAUAAUAACCUGUUUUUGCUUUGUCAUUAUGGGGUAUUGUGUGUAGAUUGAUGAGGGGGGGAAACGAAUUAAUCAAUUUUAGAAUAUGGCUGUAACGUAACAAAAUUAGGAAUCUGAAUACUUUCCGAAUGCACUGUAACAGUCUACUAAAGUAAUCAGACAUAUUCUUACUACAACUAACUGCUUCAGCUUCUAUUCAGCAUAAAUUCUACAUUUUAACACAUCUCCCACUACCAUACAAAUAUUUUUAGAAGCUGUUGCAAGCACACAUUUUCUUCAGAAAAUGUACCUUUUCUAGUUUUGUCAUAUUUAUCUUACCUUAGAAGUGUUUACUUUACAGGCUGACUAGCAUUUAUUGAGUUGCAAUGUCAAAUCAAUUUAAAGUAUCUACAAAACAAGUUUUGCAGUCACAUUACCCAAUUGGAAGGCUACAAUUUACUGUUCAUAAUUCACAAAUUAUUAUUUUGAUUCACAUGAUUGAACAGAAUCCCACCUACUACAAUGGCAAAGUGAAUUGUUUGUUUCGGCAAAAAUAAUCAUUUAAAAUAAUCGAUUCACAUGAUUCAAAUGAAUCGUUGAAAACCAUAAAAAAUAUAUAUAUGUGAAGCGGGGCAUCCGCUAAACAGUAAAUCAACUUUGUUAGGCCUUAGUUAACCUUGUCUUAAAGGUAGACUCAGUGAUAUGACAUCAUCAUACACAGCGGGGUUACUUCUUACUUAGUCACAUCAACAACAACAGGAUUCAAAUCCACCAAAUAGAUGUGUGUCCUCCCUUGAGGCAUUAUGCCCACCUUGGGGUUGAUAUGGCUGAGAUGCUAUGUGUUGUUCAGCACUGUAACCACUGCUCCUCCUAACUUGGCCAUAUAAGUCACUGGUUAUGAAUGCUUUAUAAAGCUUUAUUACACCUUUAUAACCGGUCAAAUAUAUCUGCGCUGUAGGCCAAAGAGUUGCUGGUGGUAAAGCUGCCCAGCUGGCAGGAUAAAUGCAGCGAUGCCACCAAGGUCCCUGACACAGUGAUGACCAUGAUAAAGGGGCUCCGCACCCCCGUGUCUGGGACCCCAGAAGCCUCGCCUCUCGUCGAGCGCUACAACAGGGUGAGUGGGACGUCAAGAGUGUGAUGUCAUGGCUGUUAUUACAUUGUUGUUACAAUGCUAUUACAAGAGAAGGACAAGCUAUAAUAAUUUACCUCUUUGCUUGUUUUCAAGAGUUGCCUCUUCUCAUAAAUUGUAUUUGCUCUUCUAGAUGCAUUGCAUGUAUUGUGACUUUCAUGUACAUAACAUAACCUGUUUUAUGUUUUCUCUAUCAGAACAAUGGGGACUCGAUGGUUCCCCCACCAGUCCCCCAGCUGAAGGCCCAGAUCAGUCCACUGGCUAAUAUGUUCAACCAGGACGUCCCCCACAACUCCAUCACAUCAACAUACACCUCCACAUCAGACCACAACUCAGGUACUACUGCAGCCUCACACCUCAGGCUUCAGUCUUGGGAUUGAAGUUUGGGUAUGUGUUUCAUUGUGUGUGUAGUUGUACAUGUACUCUGUAUCAAAAAUGUGAAAAUAUAGCAGGUUUUGGUAGCUGGUAUUUUAUACAGAGAUUAUGUUUAGCUUUACAGAGUCCCACACCUCCUUCCCCGUGUAAGUAUGCUGCCUUUCGUAAUCUGACCUAUACAAAUGGAUAAAAGAGAUAACAGAGAUAAAACUAUAGGUGCUGUCAUAAUCUACAUGUAAUGUCUUGUUUGGGAAUAUUUGAUAUUGUGCACCGGGGCCUUAUUGAGUACAUGUGCUCGACAGAUUAUAUUCAGAAAUCCAAAGAAGGUUCAGGACGGCAACUGAAUUCCCUUCAAAUUGUGCUAUAUGUUUCCUUUAAUCCUGCCAAUGUAUCUGUUCUUACUUCAUCUAGCGUUUGUUCUCCAUGUCUUCUUUUAUUGAAUGUUUAAAUUAUACAGAAGAUUCUGCUGCAAAACCAAUUCUCCUCUUUAAUUAUACAAUUUUUAUUCUCUGCAUAGCCAUUUAGACCAGGGUUAUAAAUCACUAGCUAUAAGCCAUGUCUUCUCCCUGAUAUACUUAUCCAUGUAUCAAUUUGAACUCUGCUAUUGUAAAUAUCAAGUAUUUCAGAGAGUCCUUUCUGUCUUUCUGCAAUUUGAUAGUAAAAAACAUUGAACAUUAACUUUGACCUUCCAGACCAGGGCAGUAUGGAGGACAGUGGCAGUAUGUCUCUGUCCAGGUCUGUAUCGAUAGGUUCAGGACUGAACGUGGGCAGGAAGCAACGGGUCAGGACCAUCUUCCCUCACACGGCCGGCAACAACAACACGCUCCUUUCCUUUGACGACGGUGACAUCAUCAUGCUGCUCAUCCAGGAGGAGAAGGAUGGAUGGCUGUAUGGAGAGCUGGAGAAUACCCGGCAGUAAGUCUCUAUUCACUGGUUAAUAAGCGCUUUGUGAAGCUUUUUGAAGCUUUAUUACACCUUUAUAAAGGCUUAUUAACCUGGAGAAGAUCUGGCAGUAAAUCACUAUUUACUGGUUAUCAAGGGUUUAUGUGGCUUUAUGAAGCUUUAUUACACAUUUAUAAAGGCUUAUUGAAGUCACUGGUAUUAAGAGUGCAAAGCUUUAUUACACUUUUACAAAUAUUUAUUACACCUUUAUUACACAAUAAUUCAGGCCUUAUUAACCUGGAGAAGAUGCAGAUGCAGAUCUAAGGUCUCUCAGAGAAGUUAUGCAAUGUUGGCACCAACAUUCAAGCAAUUUCCUUCUGUGGUACAGGUGUUGGUAUUCACCUUUUUAAUGAUAAGGAAAUGUACUGUAUCUCUGCAAAUACGCAAGUGUAUCAACUUGGGGAUUGUUCUCAUUUUUGAGGUGGCAAUACUUGAAGAGCUUAUUUCCAAAACGCUAUAUGCACAAAUGUUUCACAUUUGUGUUUUUUCAUCAGAAAUGAUUGCUUAUGGGUAUUACUGUUCUCAGAUGUUUUAUUCAUAUAUUUUAGAUGUGUAUGUUUUUUUGAAAAAUGCUAUAUAUCCAUUAUUUAGCUGAAAAUUGAUAUAUAGCAUUUUGGAAUAAAAGUCUUCAUUUGUUCCUGGUCUCUGUUUGUUAAUUUCUUCUGUGCUAAUACAGUUUGCAAAGAUCCACAGAGCAGGUGAGGUUAGUUAGAACUGACUCUGUCACAGUGGUAGAGGUUAAAACAAACUAUCACCCUAAGGCUGCUAGCUACCACAACUACAGGCCAUAGAGAGUGACUAAACUCAUAGAGACACAUGGCUUUCCUCUCCUAUAAAGGUGGCCUCACUUGUUUGUUUUAGUUUUUUGGGACAUUUAACGAUGAAUGAUGAUGUGGAAACACAACAGGAUAUUGUGUCAAAGGGUGGCGAGGGGUUGUUGAAAGGUAGUUUGGUCAAACCACACCUUUGAAAAAUUGGCGAUUGUGAUUUCUACUCAUACACAGACAGACAGAGUGGAGAGAAAAUUAUAACAUUUCAUCCAUGCCAACCCAUCUUCUUGAAAUCUUUGUUUACAUUUUGUAAUCUCUGAAUACAGUGGAGAUAGAGCCAGGUACCAGUUGAAUGUAGCGCAGUGGAACAUUGGCCCCCAUUAUGUUUUUUUAAGCCGUUAAAUGUCAGGUCUGAAAGUAAUGUUAUUGUUAAACCAGUUGUAUCUGUGCCAUUCAGAAUAGUAUUUCAGAAGAUGAGUUGUGGGUAAUUUAAUAGUAUUUCAGAAGACCAGGUGUGGGUAAUUGGGGUGAGGCCACAGAGACCGAUGGCUCAAAGCCACCUUGGUAAUUAUGUGUCCAUGCUUUGAUGGCUGGUCUUGUGUCUCCCUCUCUCUAUCUGUUCAUUAAAGUCAUUAGUGCUCAUAUGUAGGUGAAAGAUCAGAGAGAGGGAGAGAGGGAGAGAGAGAGUGCUUUAAGCAGAGACGUUAGUCUACCUGCCUUGACAUUUUCCCUCUGAAACAAAUUAGCAAAGUCCAUUUCCUGACCCUUUGACAUUGGCAGCCAUUAUUAUUGCUUUGGGAAUUAAAUAGCUUUUAAAGUUAUCAGUGACACCUUGUCAAGAACAGAGACUUAGUACAUCCAAGUAAACAGCCCGUAAGCAACCCCUUUAAUAUUAGUAUAAUAUUUGAUAUUAUACAAUUUUAUUUCCUUUUACACACUUUGGGAUUUGGCAUGGGAACUAUUUCUGUAUUUCUCAACUUGAAACAGUGUCUUCGAAACAAAUCUGUCAUAUAUUUGAUCAUCGAAAUGUGUGUUUCACAUGCCUUCAGGGACAUUUGGCUUACUUCAAGUGAGAAGAACUCAUUUCUUUAUGAUGUUAUUCAUUGUUGUUUUAUUUGGCUAAUUUUUGGUGUGUCUGUGUUUGUUUCAGGCGGGGCUGGUUUCCCUCAUCUUACUGCCGACCUUAUAAUGAACCACUGAUCUCAAACAGGUAAGACCAAAACACAUAUAACCAUGUGAUGAUCUUAUGAUAUUGCUUACAACUACCCAAUCCUCUCAAAUCUUUAGGGGGCUUUCAAGAAGUGUCUAGAAUACAAACAAGGUUAUUUUGGACCUGGUAAAGUUCUAAUGUUUGUGUGUAUCUGUCUAUGUCUACAGUUUGGGGACACCAGUGCAUUGUCUGAGUGUGGCCAGUCUUCCAGAACAGGAAGAGGAAGAGCCUGUUCUGCUGCCGCCGCCAGACUACAGCGACGGGAAGGAGAGUAGCCCUGUCAGACUUGUCAGCUCCUCCACACCCUCACCCAAAAACACGGUCAGAACCCAGUCAUCCCUUCCACACCUAACAGUACAGGCAGCAGCCCACUUUAACGUCUGACCAACUUUGAUUUUGAUGUUGUCUAUCAGCCCACAUGCUGGGAAACGGUCCCCUUAGGGUGAACAUUAAACCUCCACACUCUCCUCAGGUUUAUUGUUGGAUGACCUAACGUGGAUGACAUUUUAUUUGUGUAUUUUCACCUGGGCUAGUUAGGGAUGUACUCCCAAGACCAGGCACACAUUAAGCUAGGUUAUGAUAGAAACAGGGCCUAAAUGUCUUGAUGCUGCCACUGAUAAUUGGUUUUGAGGUUGUGUGUUAAUGUAACCUCUGUUUGCCACACUCUUAGAAAAAAAGGGUUAUUCAGCUGUCCAAAUAGGAGAACCCUUUUUGAUUCCAGGUAGAAACCUUUUUGGUUCCAUGAAGAACUCUUUUGGGCUCCAUGUAGAACUCUCUGUGGAAAGGGUUCUACCUGGAAUGUAAAAAAUGCUCCCUGCCUGGUUUUGUCUCUGCGCAGGAAUGGAGGGAAUGGAGGGAGGGAGACAUAAAGGGAGGGAGGGAAGGAAGGACAGAGGACAAGGGGGGAAUAGGCCUACACAGAAAUCUUGCUCAUCCACACAGAUUCAAUUAGGACCUGCGCUGGAUUGAGAAUGAAGUAAUCGAGUAAUCUCUUUCUCUCUCUCUCUUUCUCUCUCUCUCUCUCUCUCUCUCUCUCUCUCUCUCUCUCUUCUCUCUCUCUCUCUCUCUCUCUCUCUCUCUCUCUCUCUCUCUCUCUCUCUCUCUCUCUCUCUCUCUCUCUCUCUCUCUCUCUCUCUCUCUCUCUCUCUCUCUCUCUCUCUCUCUCUCUCCUCUCAUUGCCUUUGUGUGCUGGAACUGCUGCCUCAGGGCUUUAAGAGAAAUAAACUGUUGUUAGGGAUGCUAUCCUAAUAGAGUUUGCAUCCCUCCCUCCCCUUUCUCUCCCCCUUGCCUCCCCCCUCUGCUCUCCCCAUUCCCAACCUCUCACCCUUUCCUUCCUAGAAGUCCUAUCCUUCCAUUUGAUCGUGUGGUUGUGGAGGGGUGACUUUGCUCUUUGUGUUUGUUAUUGUCGCUGCCAGAUUGUUUAAUGGUCUCUGAUGUAAGCAACUCCAUUGGGCCUCUCGCAUAGCUGCCCCUGUGCCUUCACUUCUGGACAUAGACUGCCCUCUAGUGGAAUGUUAGGGUAGUGGUUUACCAGGACGUGUACUCCGAGCAUGUGCUGACCAACUGGCAAGUGUCUUCACUGACAUUUUCAACAUGUCCCUGACUGAGUCUGUAAUACCAACAUGUUUCAAGCAGACCACCAUAGUCCCCGUGCCCAAGGACUCUAAGAUAACCUGCCUAAAUGAAUACCGACCCGUAGCACUGACGUCUGUAGCCAUGAAGUGCUUUGAAAGGCUGGUCAUGGCUCACAUCAACACCAUUAUCCCAGAAACCCUAGACCCACUCCAAUUUGCAUACCGCCCCAACAGAUCCACAGAUGAUGCAAUCUCUAUUGCACUCCACACUGCCCUUUCCCACCUGGACAAGAGGAACACCUACGUGAGAAUGCUAUUCAUUGACUACAGCUCAGCAUUCAACACCAUAGUGCCCUCAAAGCUCAUCAUUAAGCUAAGGAUCCUGGGACUAAACACCUCCCUCUGCAACUGGAUCCUGGACUUCCUGUCGGGCCGCCCCCAGGUGGUAAGGGUAGGUAACAACACAUUUGCCACACUGAUCCUCAACACGGGGGCCCCUCAGGGGUGCAUGCUCAGUCCCCUCCUGUACUCCCUGUUCACCCAUGACUGCAUGGCCAGGCACGACUCCAACACCAUCAUUAAGUUUGCUGACGACACAACAGUGGUAGGCCUGAUCACUGACAACGAUGAGACAGCCUAUAGGGAGGAGGUCAGAGACCUAGCCGUGUGGUGCCAGGAUAACAACCUCUCCCUCAACGUGACCAAGACAAAGGAGAUGAUUGUGGACUACAGGGAAAAAAAAGAGGACUGAGCACGCCCCCAUUCUCAUCGACAGGGCUGUAGUGGAACAGGUUGAGAGCUUCAAGUUCCUUGGUGUCCACAUCACCAACGAACUAUCAUGGUCCAAACAGACCAAGACAGUCGUGAAGAGGGCACGACAAAGCCUAUUCCCCCUCAGGAGACUGAAAAGAUUUGGCAUGGGUCCUCAGAUCCUCAAAAAAUUCUACAGCUGCACCAUCGAGAGCAUCCUGACUGGUUGCAUCACCGCCUGGUAUGGCAACUGCUUGGCCUCCGACCGCAAGGCACUACAGAGGGUAGUGCGUACGGCCCAGUACAUCACUUGGGCCAAGCCUCCUGCCAUCCAGGACCUCUAUACCAGGCGGUGUCAGAGGAAGGCCCUCAAAAUUGUCAAAGACUCCAGCCACCCUAGUCAUAGACUGUUCUCUCUGCUACCGCACGGCAAGCGAUACCGGAGUGCCAAGUCUAGGUCCAAAAGACUUCUCAACAGCUUCUACCCCCAAGCCAUAAGACUCCUGAACAGCUAAUCAUGGCUACCCGGACUAUUUGCACUGCCCCCCCACCCCAUCUUUUUACGCUGCUGCUACUCUGUUAAUUAUUUAUGCAUAGUCACUUUAACUAUACCCACAUGUACAUAUUACUUCAACUACCUCAACUAGCCGGUGCCCCUGCACAUUGACUCUGCACCGGUACCCCCCUGUAUAUAUAGACCCAUGGGGCGGCGCACAACUGGCCCAGCGUCGUCCAGGGUAGGGGAGGGAAUGGCCGGCAGUGAUGUAGCUUAGUUGGUAUAGCAUGGCGUUUGCAACGCCAGGGUUGUGGGUUCGAUUCCCAUGGGGGGCCAGUAUGAAAAAAAUAUAUAUAAUAAUAAUAAUAAUAAUGUAUGCACUCACUAACUGUAAGGCGCUCUGGAUAAGAGUGUCUGCUAAAUGACUAAAAUGUAAAUGUAAAUAUAUAGCUUCCCUACUGUUAUUUUAUUUUACUUCUGCUCUUUUUUUCUCAACACUUUUUUGUUGUUGUUUUAUUUUACUUUUUUAUUUAAAAUAAAUGCACUGUUGGUUAAGGGCUGUAAGUAAGCAUUUCACUGUAAUGUCUGCACCUGUUGUAUUCGGCGCAUGUGGCCAAUAAAAUUUGAUUUGAUUUGAUUUGGUUAUGUCCUGAAGUAUUUCGAAUAGGCCUACUACAGCAGUGUUCCUGUGCAGUACAAAAACUUAACAGCCUAUAGCCUAAUCCACUGUUAGAUUGGGUCUUCAAAACAUCAGAUAAGGAUACAAAAUGAACACAACUUGGAGAGGGUUUGUUUACUCUCAUCCGUCAUCAGAAAUCUUUAAUUUCUGAGAGUGCAGAUAAUUUUUCUUAGAUAGAUACACGUUCAUACGUCCUAAAACAUAGCUAUGUAAUCAGUUCACCAUCUCAUUUAAAACUAUCUUAAUCACGCUCACUUGUUUAGGGUUACAAUAAGAUUUCCAUCUACUCAGAGAAGAGGUGUUUCUAGAGGUGUGCUGUGUGCUGGCCUUUCUAGACAUUCUAGAUUCCUGACACCCAGCAUGAGGUCAUGGUACACUCCGUCCCAGAGUUCUUCACUGAGGAGUGA